CUCGAGUUCAUGCCGGUUAAUUUGCAGCCGGUUUUGUGGAUGGUUCUGUCAGACUAUAUGACAUCUGGACACCCGACAUGCUGGUUUGUACAACAAGGCCACGCACUCAGCAAAUAGAAAGAGUUGUUGGUAUUGGCUUUCAACCUGGACUUGAUCAAGGAAAGAUUGUUAGUGCAUCUCAGGCCGGUGAUAUUCAGUUCCUCAAUAUUAGAAAUCAGAGAGAUGCAUACCUUACAAUCGUUGCUCACCGAGGAUCACUUACAGCUUUAGCCGUUCACAGACAUGCUCCUAUAAUUGCCAGUGGCUCGGCGAAACAGCUAAUCAAGGUCUUCAGUCUGGAAGGUGAGCCACUCGGCACCAUUUGAUACCAACAUACAUUCAUGGCCCAGAAGAUUGGUUCUGUGAGCUGCCUUACCUUCCAUCCCUACCAAGUCUUACUCACUGCCGGUGCUGCUGAUGCCUGUGUAUCUAUCUAUGCCGAUGACAACUCUCAUACAAGAUGAAUGUUUGGAUUCUUUCAUGAUCUCUCGAAAUCCAGGAGGCUGCAUGAAGCGAAUUAAACCGUUUUUCAUCGAAGUCGGAGAUCCAAUGUUAAUGGUUGCAAAAGAAAUAUUCAAGUCCAGAUUAGCAUUCGAUUGUUCGGGGAUAUUCUGUCGCCAGAUUUAUAAUUCCACUGUGGAUGUAUAUU